GAGAGAGCGAGGGGGAAGGAAGGAGGGAAGGGAGGCGAGAGGAAGAGGGCACGCAGUAAACGGCACAUAAUGCACAGCGAGUAACGGGAACGUAAGCUGUCAGUGUCCUGAGCUGCACACAGAUCUCAUUAAAGGAUGUAUCAACCGUUGCAGCACAGUGUGUGUGGAGCCUGACAUUCCUCGCAGGGCUGUGUGUGAUUGUCCCUCCUGUUUUCUGACCAUUAUCACUGCGCCUGCUUCAUUGGCGAGCGUGUGUUUGGACAUCUAACCCCCCUUCAACCCCCCAGUUCCUGAGGCCUGUCGCCACGACAACCAUGGACUGCGGAUUGCGCCUGCCGCCUGUCAUUGAGGAGGUCUUGGAUCCUGCAGAUGAUGUGUGUGACUUGAAAGCAGAGCGGCCGGGUAUAGGUAGCGAAAUGACAGCCAAAGAGCGAGGCUCACUGGAGGAUAACGAGGAGAGAGACCAGGAGGAGGUGGAGGCUGGAAACGGAGAGAAGGGGCAGGAGGAUGAGCGGGAGAAGAAGGAGGUGAAGGAGGAGACGGCGGAGGAGGAGAAGGAGGGGGACAGAGAGGAGCAGAGAGGAGUGGAUGACGAAGAUGAGCUGGAGGUGCUGAGGUCGCAGGUGGUGCAGCUGCUCCUGGAGCUGGAGGAGACCAGAGAGGUGUCACAACGACACGAGGAGAGCUACAACGAGCUUCAGGGUCUUUUGGAGGAAGAGCGGCUGGCAAGCGCCCACCAGGCCGAGAGCUUUACGAGGCAGAUCCAGAGACUUCAAGUUUGUGAUCGGACAGGUGACAUGGACCAGCUGAUGGAGGAGUGUCGCUCCUUGAAGGACGAGUGUCAGACUCUAAAGAACGACAACAAGCAGCUCUCUGAGAAACUGGAGAUGCUGGAGCAGCAGCGAGCCAGCUCAGCUGAUUCAUGCCUGGCACUGAAAGUAGAGCAGAAUGAUGGAGAAAAUGACUCAGAAAAAGAUGUAGAGAAGGAGGUGACCGCUGAGGGUUUCGUCAGCACGUUGGAAGUAGGAGGAGGGGAAUGGGUGGACGCUUAUACCCAAAAGAACAUCUCGUUUGAGGGCAAACCCGUCACCACGACAGGCAUGAGUGGAGGGUUUUCAGAGGUGUUCUCUCUCAGAGACCAGGUGAAACAGGCUGAGGAGAAAGCAUCACAGGUCCAGAGAGAGUGUGAGGGACUAAAAGGAGAGCUUAUGGAACUGCAGGGGCUGUAUGAGAGCAGCCAGAGGGAGAGGGAGGAGCUAGAGGCGGAGCUUCAGCGCUAUAGGGCGGAGCUUGAUCGGCUGGCUGGGAGGAAGGCUCAGAGCUCCACUCCUUCGUCUGAGUGCCCUAUUCUCUCCAUACCCUUCAUAGGAAUGGUUGUAAUAAUGGGCCUGAUAUGGUGCUGCUGCAAGGAGCUCUUGUCCUAAAGGGGGAAAGGAGAGUGAGGGAGACUGGAACCUGGUGUUGGUUGUUGCGGUGGCAGCAGCAGCAGUUCUUCUCAUUCCCAGUUUCA